UCUUAAGAUUCUGAAUAGAGCCCCGGGAGUGCAGUGGGAUCUGGCUUUCUGUUUUCAAGACACCAGGAUCUGUCUUUGCAUGAAAAGAUCAUGGCUGCAGAACCAGGUCCCAAAGUUAGGGUGCCACUAGGCCGACCACAGACUUCGGAAGAACUGGCAUUUUAUGCUCAGAGUCACACAGUCCUGACGAUCUGUGCACUGCUGCUUUUCCCACCCUUUGGAUUGUUAGCCAUCUUCUUCGCCCAAAAGACCAAGGAGGCUAAUGAGUACAGCGACUGGGAAGAUGCUUAUCUGAACUCAGCUCGAACUAUUUGGAUUGAUGUAAUUGGCAUACUUGUGGGGUUAGGCAUCAUUUACUUUUGUGUCCUGUAUGUGUGACCCAGCAUCCUCGGGCUCACUCCCCACAGACGACAUGCCCACUUAAGACACCAACCAACCACCUAGAAGAAAUUCAGUGCUUCAGACACCCCUUAGCCAAGAAACCCACCAACCUAAAACUGAACACCCAAGCAACCUGCCAGGCCAAGAAGUCCAAGGCCACCUGCCUGCACCACAUCAGCUCACUGUCAUUUGGCCUUCACAGCUGUCUCUUUCCACCAUGGAGGCCCACACUCAAGUCCUAAAUCCAUGUAAGUCACUGAGCUGCUCUUUCCUGAAAAGAAAAAAAGAAUCAUAUUUCUUAGCCCAAUAAAGUCGAAGGGAAUAUUCUGA